AUGGAUGUUAUUGGACCGAUUGAGCCUGCCAUCUCUAAUGACCAUAGGUUCAUUUUGGUCGCCAUUGAUUACUUCACAAAAUGGGUCGAAGCUGCUUUCUACAAAGCUGUGACAAAGAAAGUUGUGGCCGAUUUUGUUCGCAGCAAUUGGAUAUGUCGUUUUGGAGUUCCAGAGUCUAUCAUCAUAGACGAUGGAGUAAAUCUGAAUAGCUAUUUGAUGAAAGAGAUAUGUGAACAAUUUAAAAUUGCCCACCGCAAUUCAACUGCAUAUCGCCCUCAGAUGAAUGGAGCUGUGGAAGCUGCUAAUAAGAACAUCAAGAGGAUACUGAGAAAGAUGAUUGACAACUACAAAUGUUGGCAUGAAAAUUUGCCUUAUGCUUUGCUAGGGUACCGCACCACAAUCCGAACCUCAACUGGAGCAACUCCUUACCUAUUGGUAUACGGAAUAGAAGCAGUAAUACCAGCUGAAGUUGAGAUACCAUCUUUAAGGAUUAUUCAGGAAGCUGGAUUGAGCGAUGCCGAAUGGGUUUGUGAUCGAUAUGAGCAAUUAGCAUUGAUUGAUGAGAAAAGAAUGAGUGCCGUUUGUCAUGGCCAGUUAUAUCAAUAG